CGGAAAUCUCUUUGGGCUCAGUUCUGGUCAUCUCAUCAGAGAUUCUUUAAGUACUUGUGUAUAGCUGCUAAAGUUCAGCGGCUGGUUACGUUGGCUCACCAGGAGCUUUCCAAAGGCAAGUGUGUUGUAAUUGGUUUACAAUCCACUGGGGAAGCUCGUACUCGGGAAGUGAUGGAUGAAAAUGAUGGUCAUCUUGACCACUUUGUGUCUGCUGCAGAAGGUGUGUUUAAGUCUUUGAUCGUGAAACACUUUCCUUCAAAUAAGAGGAAGCGAGAGAAGGGCAUGCUGAAAAGGAAAAGACGAGGUAAACCACGCACUGGAAAGUUUUCACGUUGUGACCUUGCUGGAUUAAUACGCAUCAGUGAGGAAAGCAGCUCUGAUUCUGAAGGCGUGCUGGACAGUGACUCUAAUUCCUCCCCAGAGUCCCUGCAGGAUAAUGAUGAUGUCAUCUUUGUAGAACACACCUUAAAUGGGUUGACAAUACCUGACCGUGGCCCAGAACAGGUUGAACAAAUGAAGAUGGAUCUUCUGGCCAAGGUGGAAGAAUUAGGCAAGGAGCUGCCUCUUAACACUUUGGACAUGCUUAUAGAUCAGUUUGGAGGUCCAGAAAAAGUGGCUGAGAUGACUGGCAGGAAAGGUCGUGUGGUUCGUCGUAGUGAUGGAUCUCUUGGAUUUGAAUCCCGAGCUGAGCAGAAUUUAUCGAUAGAUAAUGUCAAUUUAAGGGAAAAGGAACGUUUUAUGAAUGGGAGCAAGCUGGUGGCAAUUAUUUCUGAAGCGUCGAGUUCAGGUAUUUCACUACAAGCUGACCGGCGAGUACCAAAUCAACGUCGACGGGUACACAUGACACUGGAACUGCUGCCGUGGAGUGCUGAUAGAGCCAUACAACAGUUUGGUCGUACUCACCGCUCUAACCAGGUAUCUGCUCCUGAAUACGUUUUUCUCAUAUCAGAACUUGCAGGAGAGAGGAGGUUUGCUUCUAUUGUGGCUAAGAGACUGGAGAGCUUGGGUGCACUUACUCAUGGGGACCGGAGAGCCACAGAAUCCAGAGAUCUCAGCAAGUACAACUUUGAGAACAAGUAUGGGUCAAGAUCACUGGAACAGAUAUUAUCAGCUAUCCUGAACCAGACACAAAGGGAUGUGCCUCCUCCACAGGGGUACCCAGGAGGCCCUGCUACUUUCUUCCAGGAUAUGAAGCAGGGUCUGCUUUCUGUUGGAAUUUGCUGUAGAGAGACAAAGUACAAUGUCGUUGUUGAUAAAGAGUGUUCAGUGACAAAGUUUUUAAACCGGAUGCUGGGCCUAGAAGUUCACAAACAAAACAGCCUGUUUCAGUUUUUUACUGACACAUUUGAUUAUCUCAUUGAAAAGGACAAGAAGGAUGGAAAAUAUGACAUGGGUAUCCUAGAUUUAGCUCCUGGAGUAGACGAAAUAUAUCAAGAGAGUAAAGAAACUUUCCUGACCCCUGGGCAUCCACAAGAUGGACAAGUUGUGUUUUACAAAAUCAGUGUGGACCGAGGUUUGAAUUGGGAAAAAGCACUGGAAAAAUCCUUGCAGCUUCAAGAAGCAGAGGAAGGCUUCUACUUGUCCUACAAGGUUCGUGGUGAAAUGUACUCAGCAGUUCUGGCUGAGCAUAGACAUGGGAAGUUCUACAACCUGUAUAAACCAAACAUAGGGAAACAGAGCCAUCCAGAAACCUUUGAUAGCUUGCGGAAUAAAUACUACAAGGUAUCUCCAGAAGAGGCUCAGCAGCAUUGGGAACGUCAAUAUAUAUUCUCUUUGAGCAACUGCAGUCACACAGUGUGGAAUGGGAACUGCAAAAUCGUGCAGCAGGGCAAAGAGUGUAUACAAGGGCUUCGUCUGCGACAUUAUUACAUGUUGUGUGGGUCUCUUCUGCGUGUCUGGAGUCGGAUGGCAUCUGUUAUUUCUGAUAUCACCAGCAGUAGCUACUUACAGAUUGUACGUUUAAAAACCAAGGAUAAGCAUAAACAAGUUGGCAUUCAGAUUCCAGAGCCUUGUGUAUAUAAAGUACGAGAGGAACUGAAACAAAUGGAUAUGAAUGUGAAGAGAAAACAUGAGGAAUCUAAACAGGCUGCUGAGCGUCUCUCAAUGCCCCCCAUGCUCUCUGGACCCUCUCCUUUAGACCUUUCAAUACCUUUUUUCCAUCCACCCUCGCUUUCAGAACCUGAUGUUUUAGACUUGACUUACAGCCCUCUACCUUCCAAUAUGCAGGAACAGAGUGGAUAUCAUUUCAGUGACAGUCUUGGGAGCAUCCUGUCCCCUAGCGAAACCCUCCAUAGCCAGCAGUUUAAUGUCAGAGAAAUCAUAGAAGAAAUGCUUCAAAAACUAAAAGCGCCAGAUCCGUCUUCUGCAGAGCGUCAAAGUGUCAUUCAGUUUCGGAGGAGAGCAAAGCUUCUGGGGUACAGGCUG